AUGGAUCGUUGUUGUAUUCAAUUAAACUGUAAAACGUUGGGAAUGAUGGAAGUUGGAUCUCCUGACGAUAAUGGAAAGUGUGAGGAUGGGGCCCAAUUUGUUAAUAAUCAAUGUUGUGAUAUACCCCCUUGUACUAAAAAUCAAAUGGACGAUAUUGGACGGGGAAUGGAAGGUGUUUGUGAUGGAAAAGAUACAAAAUAUAUAGAUGGACGUUGUUGUGUUGCGAAAAAAGAACCACCAACAACAACAACUCCUAAACCCUCAACAACAACUCCUUUGGGGCUUUAUGUAAAUGGACGCUUCUUUAUGAGUUUGUAG